AUGCAAAACUCACCGACUGCAAUGAGAAACUCGUUUGCUAGUCCUCAAGAAAAGCCAACACCGCAAAGAGAUGUAAAUCCAAAUGGGAAGCGCUACAGAUUGGAAGAUAAUAGCCAUAGCAACCCCUUUGCAAACACAGCAGCUGUAUCGCCCUCAAGGACUAGAAUAUCAACUCGUGAAUCUAUUUUAUCAAGGACAUCCACGUUUACCUACAGCAGAAACAACUAUAGUCCACUCCACAAUACAAAAGGUACACGACAAACCAUGAGUCCUGGUGUUGCUGAUUACAAUCGUCGCUUAUCAUCAUUGUCUAUUGACGACACUCAUGGAUCCUCGAAUCGCUUGCAAGUGCUUGCCAAAUCCCUUGAUGAUCUUGAAUCCUUCUUUAAAGAUCAACUGCAAUCGAGCCAUAAUGCGAAAAGAGGAGACAUCAAAGAGCUAAACAAGCGGUGUAAAGAGCGCAUCAGCUUGCUCAAACAACAAAUCAACCAAGUGACAGACGAAGACAUGACAUCUGAAGAUUUGAUGAAAGAAGCACAGGCCAGAGUUGUGGAAGUCUUUAAAGAGAGCGAAAAUUGGAAGGGGCAGGCUUCAAAUGCACAAACACACCUUCGCGAGUUGGAAAACAAGAUGGAAAGCAUGGCUGAAGCGCACAGGCGCCAAAUCAGAACCCUUGUUGAUGAAUUGGAAAAAUCAAAGAAGCAGCUCAAACGAUAUGAAAAUCAAGAGUUGGAUGAUGUAGACGAUGGUCCAUUGGAUUCAAGUGCAAACGAGCGAGCACGUGAAGACGCACAAAAGAUAUCAAAGCUCGAGUUGGAGAAACUUCGCCUAACCAAAAGUCAACAAGAGCUUCAGAGAGAUCUUCAAAGCAAAAUUGACGAUCUUUCGGCGCAACUGAUCAAUACCGAGGAGAAAUUACUAAACACUGAAGCUGAAUUGGCUAAAUCAAAGGACGAAACUGAAAAUUUGAACAAUGCACUUGAUUCCGAACUGCAAGAAUUGGAGACAUGCAAGAAAGAUUUGAGCAGUGAAAAGGCAGCUAACGAAAGUUUACAACACGAAUUGAAAACCAUCAAGGAGUCGCUGAAAGAGCAUCUUAACCUCAAUCAGCAAUUGAAAUUUGAUUUGAACGAUUACAAGGAACAGUUGGAAGAGUAUUCAAACAGGAUAGAUGCCUUGACCAAAGAGCAAACCAACUUGAAACAACUCGAAAUCAAACUUCAAGCUGCCACUCAACAUAACCAGCAUCUCACCAAAGACAAUCAAGCAAAGGUAGAUGAGCUUGAUCGAGCCCAACAUCGUAUCAGUUCAUUGGAGAGACAGUUGCAGGAUAGCACAGCUGAAGCCGCACGACUGCAAUCUACAUUGAGCGAGAAAGAGGGCGACUUUACAGGCAGAUUAUCGCAAAUCAGUACACAAAACAAUGAAAUUGCAAGCCAAAAUCAACAAUUGCAAAUUAACCUGGAUGCAGAACGUGCUCAUGCCAAACAACUAAGAGAGUCCCUCGAGUUUGAACGCGCUGAAAAGAAACGGCUGAAUGAAGAUUUGAUGGCAGAACGCUCACAACUAGCAGCACUUCAACUGGAGCACCAAUCCACCAUCAAAGAACACAGAGACACCAGCAGUGCUGCUGAAAUGGAACUUCGUGAUUUGAAGCGCAGAAUGGAUGAUCUAGCGAGAGAAAAGCAACAAGUGGAAAGAGAAUUAGCGUUUGCUACAUCGCAACAAUCUGACAGCAUAUCCAGAGCCACAGCUGAACGUGAUGAACUGAAAGCCAAAAUCAAAGAGAUGAAUGCUCAUCUGGAAGAGAUCAGCGACCUGCGCGAAGCAUUACAGAAUGAAAGAGAUCAACUGCAAUUGACACUUGACAAGGAACGUACCAAGAAUCAGAAACUCAAGUCGGACCUCGCUCAGGAGCAGAGCAAUGUGAUUACAUUAAAUGACAAAAUCAAUGGGUUGACAGAAGAAAAGUCUAAUUUGCAGAGAAGAUUGGAUUCAGCAGGUCAGCUGCAAAGUGCUUACGAAAGGGAGUGCCGUAAGAAUGAACAGCUAUCCAAAGAUUUGGCAGAGCAAGCAGCUACAGCAAACGAGUAUUCCGUCGAGGUUCGAAAUGUGGUCAAUGAAUCAAAGCAACUGCAUUGGAAACUGGAGGCAUCUAUCAAAGAAAAGAAUGACCUGCAGAGACGCAUUGACGAACUUGAACACGAGUUGUCAACUGAACAGAGUGCACAAAGUCAACUGGUAUCCAAAUUGCAAGAAGCAGAACACCAAGUGCAAGCGUUACAACAUCAAUGCCAAGUCGUCAACAACGAGAAAGACAAUUUGCAGAGACAGCUGGAUAAUUUGAUGCAAGGCACGCGUCAGCACUCUGAAAGUCAAGUGCAACUGACAGCCGAGAGAAAUGAAUUGAAGCGCAAAUUGUUGGAUGUCACGCACGAACUGGAUACAUUGAAAGCAUCUCGACAUGAGCGUGAAGAGGAGCUUAUGCAAGAGCUCAAGACCAAUCAAGCUGAUAUGCAUCGUCAAACAGACCAGCUCAAGAAGGCUAAGCUACGUAUCGAAGAUUUGACUCAAACGCUGAUGGACAAGACAGCUCGUUUAGACCGCGUUUCUUCUGAUCUCGAGGAUGCUCGUUCCCAAUUGCAACACUCCAAGAUGAAUGAAGAAAGUAUAGUACAAACCAAGUCGAAAUUGACGCAACGUUUAGAGGAAACUGCUGCCAAUCUGAACCAAGUGGCAAAAGAAGCUGCUGAGAGGGAUGUCGAGAUUGCCCGCUUGGAAUCUGUGCGAGCUGAUACCCGCUCUCGCUUACACGACGCUCUUGCUCAACAUGCUCAGUUAGAACAAAAGAUUGAUCAACUUGAAUCUGAUUUGCAGCAAAAGAAUUCUUUGUUUGAGGACCUGUCCAAGGAGCUUGCAGCAGCAGCGGAUUAUGCACAAGAGUUGGAGUCUGUCGUGAAAACAAAAGAGAGCCAGCUGGCCAUUUGGAAGCAAGAAGCACAGGCCAUAUUUGACGAAAAAGAUGAAGAAUUGAAGCGAUUAGAGCACCAAGAAAAUCAAAAACUGGAGCAAUUGCAAACUCGUAUUCAAAACCUGCGCAACAAGCUGACAACAACAGAGAAGAGAUUGGAAGAAAGUGCAUUGGAAAACUCAAAGUUGGAGGAAGCACAAUCCGAGCUUGAAGCGGCCUUGUCCCGGUGUGAGCGAGAACUGAAGGAGGCUCGUGUGGACGUCAGCAGAAAGACACGAGAUCUCAGCGAGAUACAAUACAAGUUUGAGCAUGAGAGAGAGUUGGUGCAUGACUUGACUGAGCAAAAUGCCAAGUUGCAAGAAGAAACCAAGUUGAUGGAGUAUCAAGAGAGUCAAAUCGAAGAAAGAGCGCUCAAGAUUGAGCAACUGGAAGAUACCGUCAACAAGAUCUUGUUUGAUUUGAACGCUGCUAUAGAAAAGAAGAAGGCAAUUGAAGAAAAGAGCAAGCAUUUUGAAGAGAUGGCUAGCACGAUCAAAGCUGAAGCGCAAGACAAGAUUCAUCAUCUGGAGUCUAAAUGUCGAGAAGCUCAACGCAGAAUUGAUGAAAAAGAAAGAGAAUUGGAAUACAUCAAGACAGUGUUACGAGAAGCCCUCAAGGAGAAGUAG